AAGCAAACGGAUAGAGAAGCACGGGACAACAUCGCGGUGCCAACAUCUGCCUCUGCACUUCCCCACUUCCGUCCCCAAAGCUUAGCUCCGCUAGCAUUCGCCGCCGCCGCGAGAGAAGAUAGCUUCGUCCGGUCGUCCAUUCGCUGGCCGCCCUCGGAUAUGGAUGCAUCAGGCCUUCCAGCAUUCGCCAAUGGAGAAAUGCUGAAGACGUUGGUUGGGCGAAGAGUGCGCACAGUGGUUCAAGUCCAGCACGAUGAAGGUGGACUCCUUGUUGGGCAGUCAACCGACGGGCAUCAGUUGACUAUUAGAGGUGCCAUGGAUGUCCCUGUAUCACACUUUAUGGAGGUUUUUGGAACUGCUGAUAGCGACCAGUCUAUCUGUGCUGAAGUUUGCACAGAUUUCGGCAACGACUUUGACGCUGAAGCAUUCAAUGGACUGUGCAAGUUUGCGAACAAGGUCAAGGAGCCGUUCCUGUAGAGUUCAGUAUCAGGCAUAAGACAUUUUGGCCAUCUAAGCGGAAGUUGAUGUCUUAAAUUAAAGAUUUGGCUAAAUGUUUCUUUAUAAUUCAGUGAUCUGCUGCUGUCAGUACUGGGCAUCUCGUAUGACCUAUAUUAACCUAAGCUAUGUAACAAGGAAGACAAGUGACUCAUGGUCUCAUGUAGUUGAUGAGAUUAUUGCGUUUGUUUCCUCCAAGCAAAACGGUCAGAAGCUUUAUGUUACUGUCACUUGCAUUUCCAUCAUUAGAAGCUGUCA